AUGGAGGAGCCGAGGGACAAACGGCCCAGCAGAGCGUCCAGGCUGCGGGAACGGCCCUGUGAAGGCCCUGAGGUGGCCACAGGGGCCUGUGUGGCCAGCGGCUCAGAGCAGCGAGCAGGGAUCAGGGCCUUGGGGCGGCGGGAGGGGAGCCACAAUGCGAUGGGCUUUGCAGGUCGGAAUGUGGGCAAGAAUGUGCCAGAACAUUCUCCUGUCAUCGCGGCGCCCAGAGCCACUUGGGUGCGGAGCGAGGCGGGCGCAGGUCUGCGACGGCCCAUGGGGGACCCCAGGCAGGGCUCGCUCGGCAGCCUCCGCACCCCCAGGGCCCUGAGCGGCUCUGAUGGGGGGCUGGACAAAAGUGCCCUGGGGCUCCGCGGUGCCAGGCUCAGGGUCCCGGAGCUCAAGGGCCCCAAGUACCAGGACCCCGAGGAUGGGGGUACGGGGUCCGAGGACCAGGAGGAGGUUCUGCCUGAGCUGGAGAUGGGGGAGGAGUUUCUGGAGACCCAGAGCCCGCAGGAGGCCCUGUCCGAGCUGGAGAGGGUCCUGGAGCCCGACUCCGACGAGGACCUUCCUGAAGUGAGCCGGCUGUCAAUCACCCCGGAGUCGCAGGGCACCCCCAGGCCCAAGGGCAAGAGAAGGCGGCGGCGGAGGGUCUUCCAUCUGGCAAAACCCAAGACCAACUGGCAAGUCCUGAAAGACAGGGUGGGCUGCACGGCCUGGCUCUCCCCCUGCAAGAUGAGCUGGCAGUUCUCCCUCUACUGGCCAUCCGUGUACUGGACGGAGCGGUUCCUCGAGGACACCACCCUGUCGGUCACGGUGCCCGCGGUGUCUCCGCGGGUGGAGGAGCUGUCUCGACCCAAAAGAUUCUACUCGGAGUAUUACAACAACAGGACCACCCCUGUCUGGCCCAUCCCGCGGGCCACCCUGGAGUACCAGCCAUCCGGCCGCCUGAAGGAGCUGGCGACCCCGAAGGUCCGCAACAACAUCUGGAGAAUAAACAUGUCCGAGGUGUCCCAGGUUUCCAGGGCGGCCCAGCUGGCGGUCCCCAGCCCGCGGAUCCUCUGGCUGGCAAAGCCCAGGGCCCCGGCCACGCUGCUGGAGGAGUGGGACCCCAUGCCGAAGCCCAAGCCGCACGUGUCCAACUACAGCCGCCUCCUCCGCUUGGCCAUGCCCAAGCUGCAGUCCGACAAGUGCGUUCCCGACUGGGACCCCCGCUGGGAGGUGCUGGACGUCACCAAGAAGGCGGUGGCCAGUCCGCGGAUCGUGUCCCUGGCCCGGCCCAAGCUGCGGAAGGACCUCAACGAGGGCUACGACCGGCGACCCCUCGCCUCUUCGAGCUCGCCACCCCCAAAAGCAUCACCAAAAAAGUGUGACCUUCCCGGGGGGCUUUCGGAACCCCGUCCCCAGUUCCCGAAGCCUGAGAUCGGGGUUGCGGGGCGGCUCCCGGGGGCUCCGAGAACCCGCCCCUCACCCUUCCCGGCCUCUCCGAGGCCUCACCCCUCCUGCAGGGCCCCUGCCGAGGUGGGGGACGGUCAGGGCUCCCAGGCUCCCUGCUCUAGCGGGGUCUGCGGGCUCCGAGGCUCUGGGGCUGUGACCGAGAAGUCAGGAUUUAAGGGAUGA